AUGGAUCAAGAAGCUGCAAAGCAAACUGACCCAGAAGUAAAUAUAUAUUUAAGUGAAACUCCUACAAUUUCUCUUUUCUCACAGCAAAGUUCUGUUGCUUCAAUUGCAAGCGCAGAAGCUGAAACAUUAAAAGCAGCAAAUGAGCGUUAUCAAACAUAUCAACCAACAUCAACACAAGAUAGAGGCAAUCUUACAUUCCACCUUUUCACGAAAAAUAAAGAUACACAAACAGAUAAAGUUAUUAAAAAUGAUGUCCAAAUUCAACUCGAUUCUCAUCAAUUAAUUCUUACAGAUUCGAACCCAACAGAACGAGUAAUCAGACAUGGACCUCUUGAUCGCUUGAGAGAUGAUUGUCAUCCACUUGCAUCAAAUCAAUGGCAAUCUACACCAGAAAAGACUCUUUUGGAUGCUCAAGCUCGUAUAGAUUUCGGUCCGAACUCCAAGGAAAGUGAUCAAACUCUACAGCAAUUCAAAGAUUUCGGUCAUAGUUUAUUCGUUAUCGAAAGAAUGGUACAACAGAAUAUUCAUUUAGAAAAGAUAUUAGCAUAUUCAUCACCAAAUUGCACUAGCGAUACUCAAAACGUGGAAAAUCUACUUAAAUUCCAUUGUUCACAAACAUUUUCACGACCUGUUACAGAUUUAUCAUUUAACUAUCAGAGUGUUAACUUCUUUGCAGCUGCUUACGGCGAAGUACCUGAAAAUAUGCUCUCCCAAUUCAAAGAAGAGCCUUCUGCCGGUUUAAUUUGCGUUUGGAAUAUUUUAAAUCCAGGACAGCCUGAAAGAAUCAUCGAAACAGCAUCAGUACCUAAAUCUAUAGUAUUUUCUGAUGGUGUUGCAUACCUAAUUGCUGCUGGUUUCGCAGACGGAUCAAUUGGAUUAUACGAUAUUCGUUCAAAGAAAUGCGAGUGCAUCGCAAUGUCAACAGUAGAAACAGGUUCGCACGAAGGCGAUGUCGGCGAAGUUGUUUUCCAGCAGAGAACUGAUACUCGUGUCAGAUCUGAAGCAAUUGUGUCAGUUGCUGCAGGAGGAAGAGUCACACAAUGGACAGUUGCUAAUGGCCUUGAACAUAAAGACCUCGUGACCCUAAAGAAACUCAAAACAGCCGGUGCAGAUGGAGAUACUCAAACAUUAAGAUACGAAGACUUACAUUGUGUAAGUUUUUCAAAUGCACAGCCAAAUAUAUAUGUUGUUGGCUCAGAAGAUGGUGCUUUAUUCGUUUGUGAUACUCAAUACAAUGAAGAUUUUGUUCAAAAAUUAUUAUUCCACUACAGAUCUGUUUUAACUGUUAAGUUCUCUCCUUUAGCUCCAAAUUGGUUCAUUUCUGGCUCUUGUGAUGGAAGCGCCGCAAUUUGGAACACUCAUAGACAGACACCUGUAGCUGUUUUCUAUUUGAAUAAGGCUAAUUUCAAUUGUAUAUCGUGGUCGCCGAUAAGUGGAACCGUUUUUGCCGCUGCUUGUUCAGAUGGCGAAUGCAGAAUUUGGGAUGUCUCAGUAGAUAGCGUUGAUCCUAUAGCUAAAUUAAGUACUUAUGAGAAGAAGGAGUUCACGGCAAUAGAUUGGUCGCCAAAACUCCCUGUUUUCAUUGCUGGUAGUACAUCUGGUGUUGUUUAUCUUUCAAAAGUUGUUGGUAUCGCUUCUCUAACUAGUGGAAAGACUAAGGAAGAGGAAAGAACUCGUUUCGAGUCCGUUAUUCAAACAAUGUCUAAUCAAGAAUAA